AUGGCUUGUAUGCCUAUUCUUUUACUUUUUGUUUGUGUUUUCGCCUUUUCAAUCGCGGAGCUACCAGAUCCACUUUCCGAGGAAUUUAUUAAUAUCAUCAACACACGGCAAAAAUUAUGGACCGCUGGCCGCAACUUUCCGCCACAAACGACGUUCGAAACAAUGAAGAAGCUCAUGGGAGCCAUGGAAGAUAAUUUCAUAUCGAGAUUAACGAUUGUCGAACACAGUGCAGAGGACAUUAAGUACUUAUCAGAAAAUUUUGAUCCCAGGAACAAAUGGCCCAACUGUCCCACGUUAAACGAAGUCCGAGACCAAGGAUCAUGCGGUAGCUGCUGGGCUUUUGGCGCCGUGGAAGCCAUGACAGAUCGUUAUUGCAUCUAUUCGAAUGGCACAAAGCAUUUCCAUUUUUCUGCUGAAGAUCUAUUGAGCUGCUGCUCAGUUUGUGGUCUCGGCUGUAACGGAGGAAUGCCAACACUCGCUUGGGAGUACUGGAAACACUUUGGCAUCGUAUCAGGAGGUAACUACAAUUCAAGUCAGGGCUGCUUGCCAUACCAAAUACCACCCUGUGAACAUCACGUUCCGGGAGACAGAUUGCCAUGCAGCGGUGACACGAGAACUCCCAAGUGUUUCCGUAAAUGUCAGGACACAUCAUCCUACAAAGGGGAUAAGCUAUACGGAAAGCAUAUUUACUCAGUUCGAGGCGGUGAAGAGCACAUCAGAGCAGAAUUAUAUAAGAAUGGCCCAGUGGAGGCUGCAUUCACAGUUUAUUCGGACUUUCUAACUUACAAAAGCGGUGUGUAUAAACAUACGGUUGGAAAUGCGUUGGGCGGACACGCUGUUAAAAUUAUGGGUUGGGGAGUUGAAAACGGAGUCAAAUAUUGGCUCAUUGCGAAUUCGUGGAACUCUGACUGGGGAGAUAAUGGUUUCUUCAAAAUUCUACGUGGGGAAAACCAUUGCGGUAUCGAAGGUUCUAUUGUCACUGGAGAACCACAGUAUAAAUAA